UCAACGUUCACCAGUGUCUGAUCAAGAUUUUCUUGCACUAAACUAAACCUUUAUUGUGAUUUCAAUUAAUAAUUACAAAAAGAAAAUCAAAUGGAUGUGAUUAAUGCAGCUGAGAAACAGCCUACGGUGGCCAAUCCAACAGCAAGUAUUCACACUGACGACGGAUUGUCCGGCAAAACCGUUACCGAAAUAGAACGUGUGGAACAGCAGUCUGAUCAAUUUAAUGGUAUUCAAAGGGUUGCCAGUCUCUUUAUACAUCACAGUAGAUGCUGCAAUGUAUAUCUGGACGAAAUGGUAGCCAGGAUGACUAGUGAAUGUGUUGCUUCAAAAAGUGAAUUGAAGCAGCAACAUGAAAUCAUUCAAGAAUUGCAAAAGCAGUUGAAAACCUUAAGUGACAUUCAUCGGAUGAAUCCCCAGACCUUUUCGGAUGAGGGACAACAGUUCCAUCAAGCACAAGUAGAGGAAGAACCAACGGUUGAAGUAACCGAUCGAACACCUUUAGUUAUUAACAAGACUGUCACGACAAAUGAACCAUCGUCGCCAAGCGACUCUUUUCACGCGGAACAACCUGACGAAAUUGAGAGCGCACAGGCGUCUACAGACGAAUUCACUGAGGGAAGCGUUAUUGUUCCGCAACCGAACGACGAGAUGGAACAAGAACCAACCGCUGAAGUUAGUCAACAUGUAACGCAGUUAGAAAUUGCCGAAAUUGGCACGAUGAAUGAACAACCGUUUCUAAGUGACUCUGGUCAAAUAGAUCAACUUCAGGCAAUGGAGAGUGUGCUGUCGCAUGCAGAGGAAUGUAAUGAGAGAAGCGUAAUCGUCACGCGAUCGAGCGACGAUGUUUCACUAGAUGUUGGCCAGCUGAAUGAAUCGGAGGAGGCAGUGCAGGCAGAAUAUUUUCUGAGGACCCAGAUUCGAUUCGGGCUUAGGAAACGUGAUGGGAAACAAAUUACGUAUAGCCUACGAAGCACCGACACAUCUCAUCAAAACCCUCGAAACUGUCGCAAAAGAUCGAAAAAUCAUACCUGUGGAGAGUGUAAGAAACGAUUCAACCGGAAGAGCCAUCUGGUCAUACAUUUAAGAGUCCACAGUGGUGAGAGACCCUUCAAGUGUAAGGAGUGCAUUGCUGCGUUCAAACAUGCUAACACUCUGAAGGCACAUCAACGGAUUCAUUCCGGUGAGAAGCCAUACAAGUGUAAGGAAUGUAAUUCUGCUUUCAGACAAUCAAGCAAUUUGAGAACACAUCAACGGAUUCAUUCCGGUGAGAAGCCCUACAAGUGUAAGGAUUGUAAUUCUGCUUUCAGACAAUCUAACACUCUGAAGGCACAUCAACGGAUUCAUUCCGGUGAAAAACCAUUCAUGUGCGACAUUUGCAAGAAGUCGUUCCGACACAAAAAUCAUUUGUUGCUUCACAUGGAUACUCAUAGAGGUAAAACGUCGCACAAGUGCAACGUAUGCCAAAAGGAAUUUCGAUUUCGAAGUAAUUUGAGAAAUCAUCUCAAAAUCCACGGCACGACAUUAAAAAAGUUUUCUAUGCAAUAGGUCAAACCUUUGAUCUGAUUUUUGAUAAGAUUUUAAGAUUUUUGUUAUUGCUCUUUUCGUAUUUGUUCUAGUAAGUAAUGUGAACAUAUGAGUGAAGUGUACUGUGAGAGUGGAUGGUCAUUAGUUUUUGUUUGCUUUGUGAAUUAAAAUAUAAAUAAAGUGAAUCAAGAUGCA